AGUGCGAAGCGUCACCUAUCACUGAACAAGCCCCCCCCCCACAGUCUUAAACGGUUAAUGAUUGGUUCUUUUAGCUGGCAGGCGGAGUUUCUCCACAUUAAACCUCCCGCGAGAUGUGGCAGUGAGGGCGAGAUGUUGUCUAGGAAUGGAUGUGAGUGCCUUUCAGGUGAUUUGUGCGCUGUUUUUAUCAGAGAAACGAAAGACGCGAAAGAAGAGACUGUGGCAGAAACACUGGAGACACGGAGAGCACGAGCUGUGUGUGCGGCAGAAAGAGAUCGAGGUUGAUGAAAACAGUUGGUUCAUGACGCCCGAGGAGUUUGAUGAUCUGCUGGAUCUGGUGAGUCCUCUCAUCACGAAACAGGACACAAAGAUGAGGCGCGCGAUCACUGCGCGAGAGCGUCUGUCUUUAACUCUGCGCUUUCUCAUCACAGGACACACGUUCAGAUCCCUCAGUCUCCAGUAUCCCGUCGGAGGCUCCACUGUGUCCAUCAUUGUGCUGGAGACAUGUGCUGCCCUGCAUCAGGUGAUGAAAGACAGCUUUCUGAAGACACCGGACACUGAGGACGACUGGCGCCGGAUUGCCAAGCGUUUCGAGGCGAGAUGGCAGUUUCCACAUUGUCUCGGUGCGCUGGAUGCCAAGCACAUUCACAUCCAGGCGUCUGCCAAAAACGCUUGUCCGUCUCAAAACUUCAUCAUGAUGUUGGCCGCCGUGGAUGCAGACUUGAAGUUUAUUUAUGCAGAUGUGGGCAGUCGGGCCAGCGAGUCUGACGCCGGAGUGUUUGUUCAGUCAGAUCUGUGUAGAGCCAUGGACCAGAACCUUCUUCACCUCCCUCCUGCAGAGCCCUUGCCUGAAGCCAAUAAAGCGAUGUCUUAUGUGUUCGUGGGGGAUCUUACGUAUCCACUGAGAUGUGAUCUAAUGAGACCGUAUCCACAGAAGGACAUGGAUCACGGCCGGAGGGUUUUUAACUACCGCGUCUCUCGGGCACGGAGCGUGGCGGAGAACGCUUUUGGCAUCCUUGCCAACAGAUUCCGUGUGUUCAGAUCCAACAUCUGUCUAGAACCAGAGAAGGUGGUCAAGAUCACCAUGGCGGCACUUUGCGUGCACAAUUUUCUCCUGGAGCGCCGGUCGGACACGUACACGCCGGCAGAAUUUACAGACUGGGAAGAUGGCGACAGCACGGUGGUCAAGGGAGCCUGGCGUAGAUACGGGACGGGAGUCUUCAAGCCGCUGAACAGCGGGAACAUCCGGAAUCCCUGUUUCAGCGCUAAAGAACAAAGAAAUGUGCUGAGGAAUUAUUUUACUUCACCUGCGGGACGGCUUGACCGACAGGAGGAUCUCAACACCCAAACGGCAAAAGACUUUUGAACAUUAAUGUGUUUAUAUCGUUUGUGAUGACUGGAGCACAUUUGCAUUUGUUAUAGUUUGUCGAGGAGCUCUGACUUCAGUUAGGACGCUAUCAACCGCUUCAACUCGAUCAAUUUUGUGUUUUAUUUUCUCUGGCAAACAAUAUUUCUCUUGUAAAUAAAAAUGUACAUUUAUAAGUUUCACAUUUUACUGAGAUAUUGGACAGUUACACAACUUGUGCACAUUAAAAAAUCUUUGUGUUUUGAAAGAUGGAAGUUUCUUCAAAGAAUCUUUAUAAGAUUUGAAUAAAGAACAGAACUAUUAAGGUGCUGUAGAUGUGGUCACAGUUUACAUGUGUGGGUCAUUGACGUCUGAAUUUAGAAAGGCCGAUUUUUAAAUGCUAAAAUAUUUGUAUGGCAAUUAUUCAUAUAAACAUAAAGAAUGUUGUGUAAACAAAGUGCAGAUUCACAUUUCUAUUGUUGUGUUUUUCUAAAUGUGUUGUGAAGAAAGUCAUACAGGUUUGACAUCACAAGAGGAUGAGCAAAUGAUGAAAGCAAUCUGUCACUUUAACAUCGACAUGCUGCCACAUAGAAAUGACUGUUAGAAGAAUUUUUGCCUGUUUGAUUAUGAAGAUAAGUGUUUCGUGUUAGUGAAGGUGUAAGGAUUAGUACUUGAAUACAUGUUCUGACAGUUUUUUUUCACUGUUGUUAAAUUCCAGGGCGACAAGAAAACGGAAGUUCUUCUUCUUGUUCUUCUUGUUUGUUGUAAGAUGGAUGUUAUGAAACACUGCUUUGUGAAAAGGUGGAAGUUAAGUUACAUCAUUAUGAAAAAGGCGUAUAAUCCUACAUGUUUCUUUUAUGCUGGUAGCAGCACAUUCAACGGAUGAACCACAGCAGACGUGUGAUGAAUGAUGACUGUAAUCACACUGAUACUGACUGUCUGGCCAUAUGAACAUCAAUCUAUAUUUUGUCUUUA